AUGUUUGGCUCCAUCCCACUCGCUUCGCAAGAGAGGUCCUCAACGCCCCAGCCGACGCCCAAGGCCGAUUCAGCAGCACCCAUCACCAUCCGGACACGCAAGUUCAUCACCAACCGUCUUCUCGCUCGGCGCCAGUUCGUCGUGGACGUCCUCCACCCAUCGCGCGCGAAUGUCUCCAAGGCCGAGCUCUCUGAGCAGCUCGCCAAAAUCUACAAAGCCGAAAAGGAACGUGUGAUCACCUUCGGCUUCCGGACACACUUUGGUGGUGGACGGAGCACGGGCUUUGCGCUGAUCUACGAUGAUGAGGCGUCGCAGAGAAAGUUUGAGCCCAAGUACCGAUUGAUUCGGGCGGGCCUUACCAAAGCGCCAACAAAGACGAAUCGUAAGCUACGGAAGGAGCGGAAGAACCGCGCGAAGAAGCUCCGCGGCACGAAAAAGUCCAAGGCCAACGAGCCUCCCAAGAAGGGCAAGUAG